AUGGAUCAAUGGGUGACAGCAGCGAGCUCGCUGCUGGCGUUCCUGCUCUAUUACAACACGCUUGACGCGGGAUUCGUUUACGAUGACAGACGAGCGAUCCUCUCGAAUCCGGACGUCAUUGGGCACACACCGAUAAAGGCUUUGUUUGAAAACGAUUUUUGGGGAACGCCGCUCACUGAUCCUGGAUCCCACGGCUCUUAUAGACCAUUGUGUGUCGCAACGUAUCGCCUUAACUAUGCCUUUGGUGGAUUUAAGCCGUGGAGCUAUCAUUUUCUCAACGUCCUUUUCCAUUCUACUGCGACAGCGCUGGUAGUGAUAACAGCUAAGCGUUUGCUGCCGACUUACUGUUUGAAAGUGGGUACAGUAGUCACGGGCGUAUCUUUCGCUGCACAUCCGAUACAUACAGAAGCAGUAGCCGGUAUUGUGGGCAGAGCAGAUUUGGCGGCGUGCAAUUUUUUUCUACUCAGCUUCCUGCUCUACACGGAGCAUCUAAGAAUAAGAAACAAAAGCCGGCGGCAAUGUAGAGACAGCUACAAGCAAGUUCUACCGCGAUCUAUUGAGGGCGAAGACCAAAACUUCCGUCUCAGUUGCCAUGGACUGGUGCAACAAUUGUUGACGAAUUUUCGAAAGCUGCUCAAAGCGAGCAAAUCAGGACCGUUGAAAGUGUUGAAUGUGUGUGAGGUUCACGAGGCUGUGCAACUGAAUAAGUGUCAAUGUAGCGGUUGUGCUAGUGAGGACGCUGGUGAAUUUCUCCAAUGGUGCACAUUGGUUGGGACGCUCUUAUUCGCGACGGCGGCGACUCUUUGCAAAGAGCCAGCUAUAAUGGUAGUGCCUCUGUGCAUAUUAUACGACCUUCUAAAAGACUUUCGGCAGGAGGAACCGUUCUCUAAGAAGACAUCACUUUUUGAGACUGCAAAUGCCACUCGUAUUACUACUAGUACUAAUAAUCGUUAG